AUGAGCAAUCCUAUCAUUGUUCUAGGGACCUUGUUUUUUGAAUUUGGUCUUCAAUUUCUUUUAAUUUCCGUUAAAAAUAAUUUUGAAUAUUUUUUUCUAGUUAGUAGAAUAGCAACAGAAAAAGACGAAUCUCAAAAUGCUACUGAAAUAAUUGAUUUCCAAAAAAUAAUUAGAGCAAUUGAAAGUUUUUACAAAAAUGAAAUGUUGACAGAAAAGGCUAGAGAAAUUUUGUCUCGAAGUUCUUUUAAUUUUAAAGAAUCUGUUCAAGGAAGGGUUAAAGAUCGAAAUGAAGGAAUUAAAGCUUUAGCAGAUAUGGACUCUUCACGUCAAAAAUUAAUUUCAUUUCUUGACACAGUUGAAAAACAUAAACAAAAAGGACUUUUAUUACACGAAUUAAUGAAAAAGACAGAAAAUACUUUUAAUUUACAAUUACGGGAUGUUACUGUUAUUAAUGAUGCGUAUGAACGUUUUGCUGAAGGAAUUAAGAAGACUAAAGAGCAAUUAGAAACAAUGGAAAGUUCAGGAUGUAUGCUAGGCGAAUCACCUCCUAGAGACGCUCCUUCCCCUACAGCUGGUGAUGAUCCUUUUGUUCAUGGUGUAGAUGGGGAAGAAUUGGCUGGGGGAGGUGAUGAUAUGGAAAUGGAUGAGGAAGAUAAACCUGGAACUAGUGGUAGUUCUCGUUGUUUUUUGAAAUCUGCUAAUGAAUAUACGCGUGCCUCAAUGCCUACUGGUCCUCCAAUUCAAUUUAAUGCUCCUCCACCAUUAAAUACUCAAUUUAUUCCUUUACCUACUCAAUCUUCUUCUGGUGCUCUUCCACCUCCACGUCCAUCAGUUAUGGAUCCACGUCAAGCUAGAUUUUUUGCUUCACAACAACAACAACAAAAUUAUCCUUCAAUUCCUCCACCGCCGGGUGCUUCUCCUCCACCACAACAACAAUCACAAAUAAAUCAACAACAAUUUUUUAAUCAAACAAAUGGAGGGGACCAUUCUACAGCAAAUUUGUCUUCACCUCCAAUGUUUAAUCAUCCGCCUCCUUUAAUUCCGAGAACGCCUAAAUUUCUUAAUACAUUCAAUUCAUCACAUCCACUUCCAUCAUCAAUGCAAUCGCCACCAAAUUUUGUACUUCCACCCCCCGGUUUAGUUCAACCUCCACCUUUAUUUAGUCCUCCACAAAAACAACAACAUCAACAACAACGCGAAUUUGGAGGUAAUUAUGGACCAAAACGACGAAAUUCUUCUGGAGCAGAUUCUGGAAUUUCAAAACGUCAAAGAAAUAAUAGCAAUGAUUGGAAAGAUGUUGGUAGAGGUCAUAAUAAUAAUAGUGGAGGCGGUGGUGGUGGUUGGAGACACAGUUUUGCUAAUGGCGAAAAAAGGAUGCAACAUUAUAACAGGCAUUAA